AUGCCCUCUACUUCGCUGUCCACCGCCGGCAACGGCGUGCAGAAUGCCAACGACAACAUCACCCGUUUCAACCCUCCCAGCCGUGUCCUCUCGCCCCUCCAGAACGCUCUCUUCCACAACAAGACACGAUGCUUCGUAUAUGGCAUGCAACCCCGAGCUGUGCAGGGCAUGCUCGACUUUGACUUCAUCUGCAAGCGCUCCACCCCUUCUGUUGCCGGUAUCAUCUACACUUUCGGCGGCCAGUUCGUCAGCAAGAUGUACUGGGGUACCAGCGAGACCCUUCUCCCCGUCUACCAGGAUGUCGAGAAGGCCAUGGCCAAGCACCCCGACGUUGACACCGUUGUCAACUUCGCCUCCUCCCGCUCCGUCUACAGCUCCACCAUGGAGCUCAUGAACUGCCCCCAGAUCCGCUCCAUUGCCAUCAUUGCCGAGGGUGUUCCCGAGCGCCGUGCUCGUGAGAUUCUGGUCGCUGCCAAGGAGAAGGGCAUCACCAUCAUUGGCCCCGCCACCGUCGGUGGUAUCAAGCCCGGCUCUUACAAGAUCGGUAACACUGGUGGUAUGAUGGACAACAUUGUCGCCUCCAAGCUGUACCGCAAGGGUUCCGUUGGAUACGUCUCCAAGUCGGGUGGUAUGUCCAACGAGCUCAACAACAUCAUUUCUCAGAACACCGACGGUGUCUAUGAGGGUGUUGCCAUUGGUGGUGACCGUUACCCCGGUACCACCUUCAUUGACCACAUGCUCCGCUACCAGGCCGAGCCCGAGUGCAAGAUCCUCGUCCUGCUCGGUGAGGUCGGUGGUGUUGAGGAGUACCGCGUGAUCGAGGCCGUCAAGAACGGUAUCAUCACCAAGCCCCUCGUUGCUUGGGCUAUCGGAACUUGCGCCAGCUUGUUCAAGACCGAGGUUCAGUUUGGCCACGCUGGUGCGUCUGCCAACUCUCAGCUUGAGACCGCUGUCUACAAGAACCAGGCCAUGCGUGAGGCCGGUAUCCACGUCCCCGAGACCUUUGAGGACCUGCCCCAGCUGCUGAAGGAGGUCUACGACGCUGAGCUCAUGAAGGGCAACGUCGUCCCUGCCCCCGAGCCUGUUGUUCCCAAGAUCCCCAUUGACUAUUCGUGGGCCCAGGAGCUGGGUCUUGUCCGUAAGCCCGCUGCCUUCAUCUCCACCAUCUCCGACGACCGUGGCCAGGAGCUGCUCUACGCCGGCAUGCCCAUCUCUGACGUCUUCAGGGAGGACAUCGGCAUUGGUGGUGUCAUGUCCCUGCUGUGGUUCCGCCGCCGCCUGCCCACCUACGCCAGCAAGUUCCUUGAGAUGGUUCUCAUGCUCACUGCUGACCACGGUCCCGCCGUGUCCGGUGCCAUGAACACCAUUAUUACCACCCGUGCCGGCAAGGACCUGAUCAGCGCUCUGGUCUCCGGUCUCCUGACCAUUGGUUCCCGCUUCGGUGGUGCCCUGGACGGCGCUGCUGAGGAGUUCACCAAGGCCUUCGACAAGGGCCUCAGCCCCCGUGACUUCGUUGACAUCAUGCGCAAGGAGAACAAGCUGAUCCCCGGUAUUGGCCACAAGGUCAAGUCCCGCAAUAACCCCGAUCUUCGUGUCGAGCUGGUCAAGGAGUUCGUCAAGAAGCACUUCCCCAGCACCAAGCUGCUCGACUACGCCAUCGCGGUCGAGACCGUGACCACUUCCAAGAAGGACAACCUGAUCCUGAACGUCGACGGCUGUGUCGCUGUCUGCUUCGUUGACCUGCUCCGCAACUGCGGUGCCUUCUCCGCCGAGGAGGUUGAGGACUACAUGCGCAUGGGUGUCCUCAACGGUCUGUUCGUGCUGGGCCGCUCCAUCGGUCUGAUUGCCCACUACCUCGACCAGAAGCGCCUGCGCACCGGCCUGUACCGCCACCCCUGGGACGACAUCACCUACCUCCUCCCUACCCUGCAGAAGGGUGGUGCCGAGGGCCGUGUGGAGGUCAAUAUGUGA